CAACACUCGAUUUGUUAUCUGAAGUCUUUGAACAUAAGUCCUUCACUAUCUUAUUUCCAAUCAAUCAAUCUUCCUUUUUUUCAAUGCCCAAUCUGCUCUCAAAGCAAAAGCAAGUCCCGUCCAGCAAUCAAUUGCCCCACUCAAGCUUCCAUCAAUAAUCACCAUCCUCUAAAAUGUCAACCGAUCCGAAGUUCGACUCCCUGCACAAGCAGCUCUUCGAAGAAGGCCUCAAGAUGCGUCGCAGCGUCGUAGGAGACGAAUACGUUGACCGUGCCCUUGCCAACGGCUCCACGGAAUUCUCAAUCGAAGGCCAAAAGCUCGUCACAGAAUGGUGUUGGGGCUAUGCCUGGACAAGACCUGGACUCGAGAAGAAGCAGCGCAGUCUCCUCAACAUUGGAAUGCUGAUGGCGCUGAAUCGGGCUCCGGAAUUGGCGGUGCAUAUUAGAGGGGCGAGGAAUAACGGAUUGACGGAGUUGGAGAUUAGAGAGGCGAUUUUGCAUUGUACGACGUAUUGUGGUGUUCCCGCUGGGGUGGAUGCGAUGAAGGUUGCGGAGAAGGUAUUGAAUGAGAUGGCCGAGAAGGGGGAGAAGGAGAGGGAACUAGGAGGGAAAGUUGCACUGUCUUGAGGGAUGGAUGAGGUUGCAUGAUAAAUGAACUUUGAAAGAGAGUUUGGUAAUAGGCAGCUAAGACGUUGAAUAUCAGUUCUAAUAGAUAUGAACAUAGACAAGUUUGGGCCAAAAUCCGACAGAAUGAUGGAAUCUGAGAGACACCAAGUUGUUCAGGUCAACAUCCAAGAGUAUGCAUCUGGUGGUAAAUUGAAUGAGUUCAUAUGCUCACUGUUCAUAUCACUUCCUAGUAGAUCAGCGCAAUAUAAUCUGAUCUUGUUGAGAUAUAUGAAAGUAACGAACCUGGC